AUGCCAUCGACUCGUGCGCUCCGCUCGCAUGCUGGACAAGAUGCUAACACGCCCACAAGGACUGGCCGACUCACGCGCGGAGCUGACCCCGCUCCCUCCGUGACUGUGUCACGCUCAGCGCCAACUUCGCCUCCAGGCUCGAGGUCGAUUCGGCUGACAGUCAAGAUGUCGUCCAGCAAACUCCGCCAGGUGGCUAACAGCAGGAAUAGUCGGGCUGCGACUUCUGCUCGCCAUAACAUCUUCACGGAAGACCCCGUGGUUCACGGUAAACGUAGCAGUAGGAACAACAAAAACCUCAAAGAGAUCAGUGAGGAUGAUGACGAUGAUGACGAUGAUGAUCUGGACGAGGAAGAUGAUGAUGAUGAUGAUGAAGAAGAAGAAGAAGAAGAGAUUGGCGACUCAGAAGAGGACGAGGAGCUGGACGCCGAUGGUGAUCUAGAUAUGGACGACGAGACGCCUCGACCAGCCAUGUCCAGACGCAAUGCGGCUCGACAGCCUGCAGCGGCAACUAGCAAAUCCAAGCCUCUGAAAUCUGUUGAACAGAAAGAAAUGGAAUUAGCCGACAAUGACGAUGAGUUGUCUGAGAUAGAGAGCGAUGCCGAUGCCGAGCCUGACGACACCAUGCUCCAAGAUGAGGAGAUGGUGGAAGCGGGCGAAGAAGAGGAGGAAGAGGACGAAGAAGUCGGUGUUGAAGAGGAAGAAGACAACGAUGACGGUCUAGGCUCAGAUGAUGACAGCGCUUUGGACUUGACUAAACUCACCAAACGUCAGCGAGGUUCAUUAGGAACUGACUUUUUACAAUUGCCCAUGGAACCACAAGUCAAGAAGCACCUCACCGCAGAGGAGCACGCUAUGCGCCGAGCCGAAAUGGCGCGACGAAGGAAGAACUUGAGCGAGAAGCGCAAUGAGGAAGAAAAGAUGGAUACCAUCAAUCGUUUACUCAAAAAACAAGCACCAAAACGCCGUGGCCGCGUGCCAGUUGCUGAACUGGGCGGCGAGGGUACGCCAGAUGUCGCGGCAGAAUUUGAGAAGCCAGACGAAACAGUCAUACGCUGGAUCAGUAACCGCGACGGCUGCAAGGUAGCAGUACCUGCGGAGAUGCUAGGGGCACCGGUGAGCCGUCCGUUUGGGAGCUUCACUGGUAUUGGGUCUUCAAGGAGGAAACUCAUCGAAGAAGUCUAA